GGAGGCUGGCCCGGGACGGCUCUAAAUUGGCUCGGAGGGGCCCGUCGGCGGCGAAGUUGCUCGCUGGGGGCAGAGACGGCCACGCGGUUGCAGGAAUUGGCCAACGGCUCGUUUCCACCCUGCCUCGUUGGUGGCCACUGGAGAAGCGCGGGGGGCUCCCCAGGCAGCCGUAGGGACAAAUUAGAGCCAGCACUUGGCCCCGGGCCUCGCGUGUAGCUUCCCGUCCUCUGCCCUAGUUGCCCCGGUGUCCGGAGGGGGGUGCGGGGGCGGGGGUGUGCCCUCCGUAUAUGUCCCACCACCCGGGCCACCCUCGGGGCUUGUGUUCCAUCUCGCUCUCGCUUCCUGCACGGUGGUCGUGGGGAGCCACUUUGCAUCAUGUCCCGGUAUAGCUACCAAAGUCUCCUGGACUGGCUCUAUGGGGGCGUGGACCCCAGCUUUGCGGGCAAUGGGGGCCCCGACUGUGCUGCCUUCCUCUCUUGGCAGCAGCGGCUGCUGGAAAGUGUGGUGGUCCUGACCCUGGCCCUGUUGGAGAUCCUGGUGGCCCUGCGGCACAUCCUGAGGCAGACGGAGGAGGACGGUAGGGGUGGCCGUGGCUGCCAGCCAGAGCAGGUGACCCAGCGGCCAGAGGAAGGCAAAGAGAGCCUGAGCAAGAAUCUGCUCUUAGUAGCCUUGUGCCUGACCUUCGGGGUGGAGGUGGGCUUUAAGUUCGCCACCAAGACCGUCAUCUACCUGCUCAACCCCUGUCACCUGGUCACCAUGAUGCAUAUCUUUCUCCUGGCCUGCCCUCCAUGUCCGGGAGCAAUCGUCAUCUUCAAGCUACAGAUGCACAUGUUGAAUGGAGCUCUUCUUGCUCUGCUGUUUCCUGUGGUGAAUACGCGGCUGCUCCCCUUUGAAUUGGAGAUUUACUACAUUCAGCAUGUUAUGCUCUACGUGGUGCCCAUCUACCUGCUCUGGAAAGGAGGUGCUUACACCCCGGAGCCCCUCAGCAGUUUCCGGUGGGCCCUUCUCUCAACUGGCCUCAUGUUCUUCUACCACUUCAGCAUCUUGCAGAUCCUAGGCCUGGUCACCGAAGUGAAUUUGAACAACAUGCUGUGUCCGGCCAUCUCAGACCCAUUCUACGGCCCCUGGUACCGCAUCUGGGCCUCGGGACACCAGACUCUCAUGACCAUGACCCACGGGAAGCUGGUCAUCCUGUUCUCAUACAUGGCUGGGCCCUUGUGUAAAUAUCUGCUGGAUUUGCUCCGGCUUCCAGCCAAGAAAAUAGACUGAAGGUGCUUGUGUUUUUUUUUUGUUUGUUUGUUUGUUUUGUUUUGUUUGGGGUUUUUUUUUUUUUUUUUUUUUCUCCCCUUGAGGAAACAAGUCCUGACUUGACUUGGAGGACACCCAGUUCUUGAUGGAAUCAUGGGAGAGGGCAGUAGCUCGCUGAGUGUAUUUCUUUUUCCCUCUUCUCUGACCCUUUCUUCCAACACGUUUCCUUCCCCACCUCUUCCCCCAGGAUGGCUCCUGGAGCCUGGGGUGUAGUGCUGAGGGCUCACUCUCCCUGCUCCUUGAGGCCGUAUGUGGUGAGACAGUAGUCAGUGGCUUUCACUCUGCUUGUUGGUGCUUUAACAACAGCUGGUUGAGGAGAAAGGGAACAACAAGCAGUAGUUCUUUUAGAUGCGGUUGUGUUUGAUUUCUCCACUGCCAGGGAUCUCCAGGCUUACGCUGGGGUCCCCUUUUGUCUCCAGCACAGCCCCCGCCAUAAGGGGACCGAGGCCUUGUUUCUAUACCAGCGGCAAGCUAAGAGCCAAGGGAUUUCCCAGCUCAUGGCCAAAAUAGAACUGGCCAGAUUCCUCCCACUGGUGUCCUGUGACUCAAAGCAAGCAGCCAACCAGUCACUCCCUCCAGAUACUGCCAGAGGUGGGGUUUAGGGGUGCUACCAUCCGAGGGGCUAGAUUCCACUGAGGCCCAUGAGUGCUGUUACAACAGCAAAUCCAAAGGGAACUAGGUCAAAAUAUCCACAACUAAUACUAGUUUGGGACCUUGGGGAAAUUCUACUUGAGAGCUGAGAACUGACCCAUAUCCCUGUCAGAAGUGAGCAUAGAAAUUAAUCAACAGAAGUGGUAACUUGAGAAAACUGUGAUUUGAAUCAUAGGCUUGCUUUUAGUGUAACGUAGGUAACAGAUGUCAUUUUAAUUUUGAGUGCCUCUUAAAUGCUCGCUCUCUCUUUAAAGGCAGCUUCAGGGAAAGAUGAGCUAGAGUUGGGCUUUUUUGGCUUUCGGGGUUUUGUUUCUUUAUUUGUUUGGGGAUGUUUGACUUCGGAGAAUCCUUGCGUUAGGGCUUGUCUCUGGAGGACGCCUGUCUGUCCAUUUCGUGGUUUUACAGGAUAUAUGAGCAUCCUAGGUUUGGGAGGAUACAGGUCCUGCAGCAUGGUUUCCCUAGGACUAGAUGUCAUCACUGCAGCCAGCAUCAGAGCUGAAUUGUUUGAGGCGGGGGAACGUCACAUGCUCCCCACCCCUAUAGCACAUGUCUAGAUUGAAAGGCAGCUACCAAAAAAUCAGGUCCCCUUGGUUAGAGGUUCAAGUGCUCAGAAAGGAAGACCUUUGGCUGCAGGAUAGCCUCAGUCAUACGUGGACCUCCAGAAGGGAGGUGGUAGCAUUUGCUGACUCUUUGUCGGCGCUUACUAAAAAGAGAUUACUUAAUAACAAAAGCUAGUUCUGUGACCUUCUCUGAUUGCCCCAUCCCCCACCCUGUCUCCCAGUCUAGGCAGCCCACUUGCCCUGGGCUCCUUCAGUAUUCCAGGUGUUACUGUUUCAGACCUAGACUGAGUUUCAGUGAUUCAGUAGUCAUUAUUUUAGCAAGUGGACUUACUGGAGGCAGCAGAAUGGAGGAGAGUCUCUUCUAGCAGGGCGAGGCCCAGGGAAGCGUCCAUGGAGGGGCCCAUCUCUUUGCAGAGGGAUGCUGGCAUUGAUGCCAUCAAUUCCCAGGGUGUGGGGUUGCAGGAGGGUGGUAUGCUGUGGGUUGCCACCAGAAGAGGUACCUCUUGAGCGGCUGGUUUCACCCCGUCUACUGGCUGUGCAUGGGUGUGGCCAAGGAGGCCAGGCCUCAGUGCUCCUUUGACCUCUUUACAAAAUAAAAGGUUAGAGUGAGGUCAUAGGAGGAGCCCCUGGGGGUCUGUCCUGACCCGGGCUGGAAUCUCUGCCUCAGCUGGGGGCCAGCAGCCUGGGUGGCACAGACGCGGCGCCACCAAGGGCACAGUGGCAGAGCACUCUUUUCCUCCCUGUCUCAGGCCUGGUGCAGGGUGCCAGUCAGCUCACGCUUUACUCACAUUGGCCUGCCUCCGAAAGCUCGUCUUUGCCCUGGCUGUGGCUCAGUGCCCCUGGCUGGCUGGCACUUUGCUGCUGCUUGGCAGGAAAGAAGAAAGUGUAAGCCAUGUGCCUGGCUUGGCCAGGCCGGCAGCAGGUGUACCUGUCCGCGGAAGGGGGGGUGCACUGCUUCUGGGGGUGCACUGCUCAGAAACACAGAGGGGAAGGGACAGAGAGCAAGCCCUGUCCACUGGGUCCACAGGGAGCCAUGGCCUGUGAGGUGCUGGGGAGCAGCAGGCAUCUGAACUGGGCUGUGCCUGACUCUUCCCUUAGGCCAGGCCCACAUGGAGAGGUGACCUGGCCCGACCCUCAGUGGCCUGCCUUGGAGGGUGGCCCCCACCACCAUGGGGCCAGGCUUUCCUGCGCCUCCCUGGGGCUCUCCUGUCAGUGCCAAGGAGCUUCCCCAGCCAGCCUGGCCAAGUUUCCAUAUGCCGUUUGCCAGUGUGUGGGAGCUCCAUAUGUGUCUGGAAGGGUGUUUGUAGAAGUGGACACUUUUCUUUUACAACAGCGCUAGCAAGGGAAAAGGAGUAUUCCCUCCAGCCCCUAGGUAGCCUCGGCUGAGGAUCUGGCCCAAUGAGAACAGUCUGUUCAGCCGGCCAACUUACGGCAUCAGCUCCAAAUAACAGAGAACUGGUCCCACCUGCUUGUAGCCCCCACCCCACCCCACCCUCCACCCC